AUGGAUACGUGUUUGGACAAGAAACCAGAGAAAGUGGGACCGAUUGUGGUUGAGGAUUUAAGAAAUAAUUUGUUUGCUGAUUUUUGUGCAAUUCCAUCUGAUUCUGUAUUAUUUGAGAAAGAGCAUCUGCGUGUUUACCUGAGGAUACGUCCCUUUACCACAGAAGAGAAUGAAAGUGGUGAAUCUCAGGAAUGGAUCUCCAUGGAGCCACCAGACACCGUUUUACUCAGGGCACCUAGGACCUCUUUAUCAACCAGACGACAAACCAGUCACUCAGACGGUGACAAACCAGUCUCUCAGACAGCCCAGCGAUUUCAGUUCACUCAGGUGUAUGGCCCUGACACUACACAGAGGCAGAUGUUUGAUGGCACAGUGAAACGUCUGGUAAGGGAUGUUCUAGAAGGAGGGAAUUCUAUUGUCUUCACAUAUGGAGUCACCAACGCUGGGAAGACAUUCACAUUCCUCGGCCCUGAGAGUGAUGGUGGAAUUUUGCCAAGGUCGUUGAACGUGAUCUUCAACAGCAUUGAGGGCAGAGUCUACACGCGGAACGACCUCAAACCACAUCGAUGCAGAGACUUCACCAGGCUCACAAAGUUCCAGCAGGAUGAAGAGACUACAAAUAAGCUAAACCUCUUGAGACUGUCAAAGGAGGUGAGGUUUACCAGUAAAACCUCAAGCACAAUGCCCACUUUCGAUGUCAGUGAUCAGGGGGAAGGAGACAGUUUCUGCCUGGAUGUGGACUCCCACACUAAAUACUCUGUGUGGGUGUCCUUCUGUGAAAUCUACAAUGAGAAUAUCCACGACCUACUGGAGCCCAUUCCUAAUGGGUCACAUAGGAGAACCGUCCUUCGGCUGUCCCAGGACAUCAAAGGCAACAUCUUUGUGAAAGCUCUAAAGUGGGUUCAAGUAAACAAUUUCGAGGAGGCGUACAAAGUCAUGAAGAUCGGAAAGAAGAACCAGAGUUUCUCCUGCACGAAGCUCAACAACGUCUCCAGCAGAAGCCAUAGCAUAUUCUCCAUUCGGAUCUUGCGUAUUGAAGAUGUUGGUGUACCCAGAGUCCACACAAUUAGCGAGUUGUCUUUGUGUGAUCUGGCUGGAUCGGAGAGAUGUGGAAGGACUCAGAAUAAAGGAGUGCAGCUAAAAAAGGCUGGCAACAUCAACACCUCAUUGCUGAUUCUGGGCAAAUGCAUCAACACUCUGAGGCUCAACCAACAAGCCAAGUGAACGCUCAACGUCCUCAAGUUCUCUGCUGUCGCCCAAAAGGUGGUGGUCCUCAAUAUCAAACCAGUCCUUGCCAUUGCCCCAAAGAUAUCUGCCAGAGAGGUGUCCCUCAUCAUCAACAAUGCUGACUGCAAAGACCUAUGGAGUAGGAGGAAGAGCUCCACGGUGGCUUGGGAAACCACUCUGGAGGAUUUGCAGGAAGAUGAGGAUGAUGAAGAGGAAGAGGAAAGUUGUGAUGAGGGAAUGGCAGAGGAAACCAUUCUUGAGGCGAGAGAAGAGGACAAGAUGGGCCAGCUUGCUCUGGUGGAGGAACUAAAGGAGAAGCUUCUGAAGGAGGAAGCUGAGGAAUUGGCUUUGGAGUCUCACAUCCGUGAAGAGGUCACCAUCGAGUUCAUGGAGCUAUUCUCCAAAAUGGAAAGUGAUUACAACGAGCGUCUUGUGAAAGAGAGGGAGAUCACCGAGGACAGAGUGGACAAGAGGUUGGAAAUCCUGAAAAAUUUAGUCGGCAAGAGUGUCAGCGAGUAUGCAAGUGUCUCUUGUGACAAGGAAACAACAAAGGAGGAUAAGGUAGGGCUCUUGGAGGGGAUCGUUGACACUAUGCGAGACGACCUGGCUAGAAUCAGGAGGGAUGCAGAGGCUGCACAGACCUGUCUGGUGGACCUGCCUGAGUCUCCUGGCACUGUGGCCAGCCUGAGGAAGCAGGUGGACGACUUAUCAGAGGAGCUCCUCAAGACCCAACAGCAACUCAACGUCAAAACUAAUGAAAUGAGCAUUGAAAUGAAAACAUUGUGCGGGCAGCUAGAGGAAGCGAAGGAGAAUUUGGAACCUCAGACGCAGAAGUUUGAGGCCUUAAUGGAAAUCUGCCGUGAGAAAGACAACGUGAUAACCAAGCUGCAGGAAGCAAUGGAUCAGAAUAGUGAGGCUUCAACUAGGGAUAGAGCCUUGGUUGAUUCCAUCAAGGAGGAGAUCCUGAGCUUGAAACAGAAUUGUAAAUGUAUGAGCCGGGACAGUCCCAGUUCUGAGGAGUGCAGAAAACGCCAUGCAGAUGUCCUGGAAGACCUUGAUGAUCAGCCUGCCCUGAAGAAAGGGAGUCUUGAGGUCGAGCAUCUCAUUCUGGCAGAAGAGUUGGAGAAACUCCAGGUGGAAUGUCGUCAAAAAGACAUGACCAUUUCACAGUUAAAAGAAGAAAACGAGGCGACGGUUCAGAAGUUGGAGACUGUCAAAGGAGAGAUAAAAAGAAAGAACGAAGUCGCUGAAAAGCUCAAACGUGAGAGGGUUUCAUUCGAACAGACUGUCCAGAAGCUCAGCGAUGAUCUGGAGGAGCAGACUGAUUGUUGUGAAGCUGUUAUGGCCUCGCUGGAGAAAGAGAGGAAAGAGACAGCAAGGCUCUCCAAAGACAACAAAGCUCUGGUCAACGGCAUCUUCCAGCUCCAGCAGACAUCACAGAAAGUGGAGUCUUCGGUGAAAAUUCUCCAAACAGAACUUACCGAACAGACUGAGAGGUCCGCCAAGCUUCCAGAGGAGCUAGAAGCAGCCAGAGCACUCCUGAAGGGUCUUAAAGACAAAUCCAAUGAAAAAUACCAAACCAUUGAAUCCUUGACUUUGGAAACAGAACUCCGGAAGGAUGCGGAGGAACUGAAGGUCUGUUCUGCACAGAGGAACAACUCCAAGUUCCAUGACACCAUAGAUGCCAUGAAGAGGGAGUGUGAGAUCGUGGUGGAGAAGUCGGUUCAGAAGAGCCAGCGGAUAGCUGACCUGGAGCAGGAGCUCAACCAGGUCAGAGAGCAGCUCUCUGGACAGGAGGAACUCUGCAACCAGCUAGAGACACAGUGGUCGGAAGCCCAAUUCAACCUACAGGGCUACGAAUUAGAGAACGGGGCUUACAACGAAAUUAUGAAGAGUUACGCCGACCUCAAAAAGGUGGCAGGCCACCAGAAGGAGCAGAUCGUGGACCUGGAGGUGCAGGUGCAGGCCUCUGGAGGCAGCUCUGAGAGGGUUGCAGAGUUGGAGAAGCAGCUGACUGAGAUGGAGGCCCAGUGCAGAGCUCUGCAAGAGAGACUAGAAGAGGCUCAACGGAAACUGGAGGAGGUGGAGAGUCAUGGAAAGUCCAAGGAAAAGGUGAUUGAAGACAUGCGCCUUGCACUGACAGAGCAGGAGAAGACACAGACCGAACAAGAGCGGAUUCUGGAAGCCAAGAUGAAAGAGAUUGAGGCUUUAAGUGAAGAGCUGACAAGUUUGAAGGAUGGCUGCCUACAGAAAAACACAAGCGGUGCCAAGUCCUCUCAUGUCCUCAACGACUGUCCCGGCCAGUGCGAGAACGUGAAGUGGGAAUGUCAGCGGACCGAAGAGAGCUUGAGGCUGUCUAAUGAACAGUAUGAGUCGGAGAGGUGGCUUGAAGAGAAGGCCAUUCUGAUGAAGGUAGCCAAUGGGCCAGAGGAGGAGAAGAGUCCGUGCCUGGCCCUGGAGUUGUUGAGAGGGUGUUCAGAAGAGCUCCCCUGUAGCCAGCUGCGGACUGAAGAGGAGACCAUGCCAAAGCAGCCCUCUGAGAAAGAAGAGAGCAGGGAGGAGAGUGGCUCUCUGGUCGAGGCACUCAAAUUAGAGAUGCAGAAACUCCAGGAGAGGAAAGCAGACAAAGCGAGCAAGCUCAGGGAGCUCAACGAGCACGCCAACUUCCAAACACAAGAGGAACUGGACUUCUCGGAGGUGUCCACAGACGGCAGCCGAGAGCAUCGCUUCCCCAAACCAGAGCUGGAGAUCCAAUUCACCACUCUGCAACCCAACAAGCUGAACAUCCGGAGGCAGGGAGAGGACAAGUCUGUGACCGGCAAAAUCACCCCCUCAGCCAGGAAGAGAAAAAGCAACGAGAUGGAGAAGCGUCUACUCUUCCUGGUGUCCAAACAGGUUUAUAACAACAACAACUUAACCACCUACAUCAAGGGUGUCGAACGUAUGGACCCUGAGGAAAGUGAAAACAAAAAUAAUAUAAAGUUGAGGAGGGACAACAGAGUGAACAUACAGUCGCCGACCGUGCUCUGUGUAAAAGCAGACCAGAAGAAGCAACAGACCCCAGCAAGUCUGAAAUGCAAAAAGGAUGGAACCCUCCAGAAGAUUGGAGACUUCAUCCAGAGUUCCCCAAGUCUGCUCGGAAGCAAAGCUAAGACAAUUAUGGGGAUUGUAAGUGGAAGACCUACAGAGCGAGAGAAAGACACAGCAGUGAAACCGAAGAGGACCAAGAGGAAACUGUACAAGACCGACAUCUCCUCCCCUUUGGACGUCCCGUCUCAUCUGGACCCCGUGGAGAGUGAGAUCAAGAACAACAUCCUGUUGAGGGGCAACAACAGAGUUAACGUGCAGCUUAGCUCUGACAUGGCCGUUCAUCAUGCUCCUCUCUGGGCAGCUAACGGGAAGAAGCAGAGAAGAGUGACCAUCUCAGCAACACAGUACAGAUACAACAUGACUGAGGUGAGCCACACGAAUGUGAGAAACCUGGGCCCCCGAGUCUAA